GCCCCCUCGACCGGAGAGGGUGCGGACCAACUGGGGACAUCCCGAAGGUAAGAAGUUUGAAGAUCUCGAAGCCGAUUCUCGAGUUGACGGUGUUGUUGUCAAUGUCGGCGAUUUUGGUGUUUUUGCUGACAUCGGCUAUGAGCAGAAUGCCAUCCUGGCGAUUCCCCGUAGGUUUUGGCGCCGCUUUCGACGCGGCGACGUGCUGGAGGACAUGGAAGUUGUCUCCGUGGAUCUCGAGCUGCGACGUGCCACGGUGACCAUAGCGGACGUAGAGGAGGCUUUGAAGCCAAGCCGAAUCCAACUGGAGGAGCUGCAGGAAGGCAGCUACCUGAACGGCGUUGUGGACACGAAGAACCAGUUCGGGAUCUUCAUCAACGUGGGCUGCGAAGCCUGUCACGGAAAACUCCAGCUUCCACGUAUUUUGGGCAACCAGCUCGUUCGCGGACAGGCCUGGGGCCUGGGCCUAGGCAUAUCCGUUUAA